AGCAAAAGAAAACAGCCACACGAGACAAUCAACAAAGCUGUUGUGAUUUCAAUUUGUUGAGGAAUGCUCAAUAUAGUUCUAUUCUCAACCUUACCUCGGCAGUGAUAGUGAUUAUAUCUAAGAACAAUUAUGUAUUUGCGAUUUUUGUGAAAUGUUAUAGAGCAAUGUUUCUGUUUCGUGAUGUUACAUGAGUUCUUUGCGUUAUUAUUAUUGUGUUGGGGUGUGUAUGGCUUCCCCGAUGGUGCACCGGUAGAUGCGUGUGUGAAAGACCGCCCUAAUCAACCAAAUCAUGGACAGCACAGAACACAACCCCUUUCCACGCUACCUUAUAGGAUUGUAGCAUCUUCCUCUGCGUUUGGACCAAACUCGGCCAUCACAGUAACCAUCGAAGGAGCUGAACCGUUCAAAGGGUUUUUCAUUCAAGCCCGCUCAGUGGACAGAGAUGAAUGGUUAGGGUCUUGGGAAGAAGCGCCUAACACGACUAUUCAUCCUGAAUGUUCCUCAAUCACACAUGCAGACCCACGAGAGAAGACCAGAGCGACGCUCGUGUGGCGCGCUCCACCAAAUGCUCAAGGGCGUGUAUACUUCACAGGCACUGUUUUGAAGAACUAUGGAACUUUCUGGGCCAACAUAAUAGCUGAAGCACCACAAGAUCCAUCGCAGCUGCAAGUGCUUGGUUGAGAAUAGCUCUAAGUAUUCAAAACAUUAUUUAUUAGACAUAAUAGAUUUAUAUAAUAUUGUAUGGGCUUAGUUACAAACAUCACGUUUGGGAAGCAAUUACCAAAUAUAUACUAAUGUUAUUAAUUAAAUGAUUUAUACUUGCAUGAAAAUUAUAGAUUUAUUCCUUUUCUAUGCAUUGAUUAGCCGGGCGAACUUAUUUGACUUUAACUGAGAAUGACGGUGUAAAUUUUGAGUAGAACUUAAAUGUAAUAUUCUGGCAUUUGUUAUAACUGUGAGAGGUACAAGAAUGCACGGCGGAAACAUAUUAUAUAAAUACUAUUUACCUGCCCUAACUUCGCAGGGGUGUAUAUGUUUUGCACAUAAAAAUCUUUCUCUUGAAUCACGCUAUAUAUUGCUAAAAUCUUCAUUAAAAUCCAAUGCGUAGUUUAAAAGAUCUAAGUGAACAUACAGCGGAAGCGAUUUAAUUCUAUACUAUGUAAAGGUUGCCGUGUUACGUAAGUACUCCAAUUUCAUUGCAAAUAGUACCAAAACAAGUGUUAAUACGAGAAAAUUAUGUAAAUUAUAAAUUGUUGUUACACAUAUAGAAGUAGUAUGUCUAUUAAGACUAAUUUAUUCUAAGGUGUGCACUAAUCUGUUCGAAACGACUGUAGGCACAUUCAGAUUCAUAUAGGUCGUAACGUCAAGGACGCUCUAUUAAAUUAUGUAACAGUUUUGCAAGUAUUCCAAAAUUAUACAUAUCAAAUAUAAAAUGUUCUAAUGAAGGCGUCAGAACGACACAUUUUUAUUCUUUGCGUCUGUCACUGUGAUUG